UGUAACAGGAAGGUUCCUACUUACUGUGUUCAUGUCAAAAGCCCAUUGUGAUUUUAUUACCUCUGCUUGACCUACCAUACUGGGCAUUAUACUGACUAUGACAAUUCCAGACUUCAGACUCCACUAAUAGACACUUUGAACUGAGAAUAUACUUGGACUCUAGAAAGAAGACGGCAAAUAUUUUGUAAACCACUUUUCCUUCAGAGACAAGGAUCAGAAGAGAAUCUUUUAAAUAAGAAAAAACAUGACUGUAAAACAGAAUAUGAGGAAACUCAGAAAAGAGCAUUUGAGGUCGCCUGUCAGACUAGCAGUGGACAUGGAAUAAAGCAUCUUUAUCCUAAAUCCUUGCUAACACAGUUUCAGCUGUGACUCAGAAAGAGAGGUCGUGUGGAUCACAAGGCUUCUCAGUGCUUAUCCCUUGAGGUUAACUUGAAACAGACAUUCCCAGCAGUGCAUGGUCUUUUUUAGUCCACAUUGCAGUCCAUCGUAUCUCUCUUCACCAUGCCAACCCUACCUGAAGACGAGGGACAAUCACCAGAUGAACAGCGCACCAGUUCUCCUCCAGUCAAAGAUGCUACCAUUGACGGGACAGCAUGCAGUGCACCUUCUAUUGUUCUUCCAGAGAAUGCUGUAAUGCCAGAUGUAGAAAUUGAAGUCAACAGACCUCAUAGUCCUCAUCUGAGGCAUUCUAACCGACAUACUAGGAAUUCUGUCAAUUCACUAACUUCAGUUGACCAUACAGGUCAGGUGAUUGAUUUGAUAAAUGACCAACUGCCAGACGUCAAAAUCUCAGAUGAAGAUAAAAAGAAGAAUCUUGAGUUAUUAGAAGAAGCAAAGAGAGUGAGUGAGAGGUUCCUAAUGCGCAGAGGGAGAAAAUCAAGAAGCAGCCUUCCAGAAUCUCCCACAGCUGUUUCUCCUACACUUAGUCCCAGAGUUUCUCCUAUACCAUCUCAGAGCAACUUUCUCACUCUUCCAGUCCCAACAGGGCCUGAUGUAUGUGCCGUCACAGGUGCUGGAUCAGUGACUCCACUGCAGAAUGUCACAAAAGGUUUAAGCGAUCGAAAGCAGAAUGAUCAGAGGAAGGUUUCUCACGGAAGGUUGGUUCCUCAUUCAACUAGUUUUGAAAACUCCAAAGAGAAACUCUCUGCACAAAAAGAAAACUUUGAUCCACUUGCACACAUGGAUAAUUUACCCAAAUCCUCCCCUUUAGGCAGUGAGACUGCCAAAAUGUCUCCUAACACAAGCAAUAACAGUUGUGAAAAUGAACAUGGAAAAUCAUUCCUUAAGAAAUCAAAACAAAAUGACUUUCCUUUAAGAAUGUAUCGACAAGGCCAAGACCUAAGUACUGUGGACUCAAAGAUAAAAAGUUCUGUACCAGAACUGAUGGACCCUAAAGUUACCUGUCCAACAGAACUUAAAUUAUCUGGAACACGCCCUCCUCUAUUACAAGCUAUAUCAUGGGAUAGCAUAGAACCUGGACAUGAUGAAAAGGCAUCUUUUAAAUUACUAUCUGAAGAAGAGAAAAGCUUUGAUAUUAGUAAUAAAUCCAACGGUCAAUUGACUAAAACAUUAGCGUUCAAAGACCUCCAAAUACAAGUUCAACCAGUUCGAAUGCAGAAAUUGACAAAGCUCAGAGAGGAGCAUAUUUUGAUGCGAAAUCAAAACUUAGUUGGAGUUAAACUGCCUGACCUCAGUGAAGCAGCUGAACAGGAAAGAGGGCCUUCACCUGUACCUUGUUCUGUUGAAGAAGAGGAGUCAAAGAAUAGCUCUGAUGUCAUGCCUAAUAUUCCUGAUGUACUGCUACGAAAACUCCAUGUGCAUAAAUCUCUGCCAGGAAGUUCUCCUCCACUUACAGAAAAAGAAGUUGAGAAUGUGUUUGUGCAACUUUCCUUGGCCUUCAGAAAUGAUAGUUACACCCUGGAAUCUAGAAUUAACCAGGCUGAGAGGGAUAGAAAUCUCACUGAGGAGAACACUGAGAAGGAACUGGACAACUUUAAAACAGCCAUUAUGUCUUCAGCUGCCUUAUGGCAUCACUAUGAACAUAGAGAAACUUGCCAGAAGCUGCUGGAGGAUAUUGCUGUACUGCAUCGCUUGGCUGCGAGACUCUCCAGUCGUGCUGAAAUGGUUGGAGCGGUUCGUCAGGAGAAACGUAUGUCAAAGGCCACAGAAGUAAUGAUGCAGUAUGUGGAGAAUUUGAAGAGAACAUAUGAAAAGGAUCAUGCUGAGCUAAUGGAGUUUAAGAAAUUGGCCAAUCAGAAUUCUAGCAGAAGUUAUGGUGCAUCUGAAGAUGGAGUGCCUCGUUCAGCUAGAUCUAUGUCUCUUACUGUUGGAAAGAAUAUGCCUCGGAGGAGAGUCAGUGUGGCUGUUGUUCCUAAAUUUAACUCGUUACACAUUCCUGGCCAGUCACCUACCACGUCACCCAUGCCUUCAAUGCCAUCCCUGUCUGAAUCACCUAAUGGAAAAAGUGGUCUGACAUCUACUCCUCUCCUGACAGCACUUCUGGAGGAUGGAAAGUCAAAUGGGGAGCACGACUGUGAAUCGUCUGCUUUGCUCUUGACACAGAGUUGUUCAGAGAUCAACCAUGAGACAAAAGCCAAGAUAGAAGAGGAAGCUUAUAACAAAGGUUAUCAGGAAGGCUUAAAGAUAACCAAAGAACUUCAUGAGCUGAAAGAGGAAGAUGAGAAAAUAAAUGAAACCUCUGAUGGGCAUGAAGAAAGUGAAAAUGAAGAGAUAAAUAACAUGAAAAACAGCAAACUUGAAGUUGUUAUUCAUUAUUUACAUAUACUGUACCCAAAACUGGGUAAACACUGGAACGCGGUCUGGAUUGUAGCAGCUGUGGUAAUCGUUUUUGCGGCGCUGUUGGGGAUCUACCAUUCAUACAACUCCUGUGUUGAAUUAUCAGAAGGACCGAAGGGGAAAGCCACCUGUUCUGCUGUCCAGCAAUACUCCUGGUGGAACUCAGGACUUCAGCAUGAGCAAGGAACAGAAUAAUAAACAAAUGAUACACUACUUAUGGUACACCAAUGAGCACAUACUUUAAAACAUAGUUGUUAAAGUAAGGUUGCAUUUUGACAUUUUCUGGUUGCCAAAUGUGAUCAGUAAGCCACACUAGUUGUUCUACACCAUCAGGCUUGGGAAUGGAUUGUGCUUUACCUAGUGAAACUGAUCAUCAGAUAAAUGCUCCUUUUAUCAUGAUAAGUGUAUCUGACUGAUAUGACAUCCUAUGGAUAAAGUCACAUUUAAAUCAUGCAAAGAUUGUGACAGUCACCAGCAAUAGCCAGGAUAUUCAAAGGGAAGAUUGAGACCUUAAUUCAUACACUUUUGAGGAAGGCCAUAAACGCUACCAGCUAUAGAGCACUUGAUUUAACUUUGCAUUUCUGGCUUUUAUUGUUUGAUGUCAUAAUUUUCACAGAAGAGAUAUAUACGAUUUUUUAACAUAUAGUGUCCAUGUCUAGAACAGGGGGAGGGGAGGCAGGGGAAGGAAGACCUCCUGUUGAAGACAAAAAUAUUAUACUAGGCUAAAUUUAUCCUUGGUGUGUUGCCAUAACAUGAGUUACACCAGAGGAGAGGUUGGCCCAAUAAUCAUGCAACAAUGCAAAAUGGAAUGCUGACUAAAUGUGUGUUUUGUAUUGUUUUUCAGAAUGUAUUGCAAGAGGGAAACUGGUCCAUUGUUUUAAUAGGGCUUUUGUGAAGGGCUAAAUCCGGGUCUGGGUGCACAACAGACAAAGUGUUCAGUAUAUCUCAGACCCUCUUAGAACAUAAGAGUGACCAGACUGAGUCAAACCAACAGUUCAUCCAGCCCACUAUCCUGUCUGCCGACAGUGGCCAAUAUCAGAUGCCCCAGAUGGAGGGAUCACAACAGGUAAUCCUCAUGUGAUCCCUUCCCUGUCACCCACCUCCAAAGAAACAGAGGUUAGGAACACCAUUACUACCCAUCCUGGCUAAAACUCUUUCUCCAAGGAACAUGCUGGCUACAUCUACACUGGCAUGAUUUUCUGAAAAUGCUUUUAACGGAAAACUUUUCCGUUAAAAGCAUUUUUGGAAAAGCACGUCUAGAUUGGCAGGAUGCUUUUCGCCAUUUUCGCGA